CGUUUUUCAGAAAGACAGGUUCAGUGAUUACAUCGUUAGCUUUACAUAGAACUACAGUGGGACGUUUUUCAAGGACUUUAAGAGGAAAUACAAAAAGACAUAUCAUCACUGAAGUUUGAUACACCAUUCAUACAUGCAAAUUAAGUUAAGGGCUGGUGAUGUAAAUAACACUGUAAAUAUGUCUCUAGCAUCAGCAGCACAAGAAAUAACCCCUAUUACAGAUAAAGGGGUGGGCAUAAGUUUGUUGCUGGGAAAUGACUAUGAAAAGAAGAAACAGAAACUUCAGCAGGAGCUCCAGCUGGACUACAAACAUUAUGUUUCCAAGAAAAAUAAUAUUAAAACUAGUGUACCUCAUCCACAACCACAGGGUCUCUCUCUGCAUAUUGAUGAGAAGAUAUCAGCUAAGGAAAAACUAAGAGAGGAGAGAAAUAAGGAAUACAACCUCUACCUCCAGGAAAAAGCUCAAAUCAGAAGGUUAAAGAGGGGAACACCUCCUGUCUCUUCUAAGGUUCAAGCUUCAGAUGCUGUAUGCAUUUCUUCUCCAGCUUCUCCUCUGCCCAUCCUCAACACCCACACAAACAUAGUCCCUCCUUACAGAGAGCGCUCUGCAUCCAGGAGGGAUGCUGCCUCUCUGACUGAGGCAGUGGGUAAUGCAAAAAGCACAGGGACUUGGGAUCCACACCAUUGGAGGCAAAGGCGUUGGCAACUCUGUAGACCAAAAGAUCCCUAUAGCUCUGAGGAGGAGCUAAUCACAGACAAAGAGGAGGAGUUGGAGUUCAGACACAGGAGGAGAAAGGACAGACACACUGCAGAGCCUGACUACAAAGAAGAGAGGAGAAUCAAAGAAUGCAGAGCCAACAGAGCUCCUCAGGACAUAAAGAAGGUGGAGGCCUCUGGUGUUCACGAUCAGAACAACAACGAUUGGGUUUGGAAGUCAGACCUGCAAAUGCCAGACAGCAUGAGGAUGGCUGCAAGAUCUAGACCCGCUACCAGCAAGGACAAAGCUGAGUUUGCUACUGGACUAAUAAUUGGUACAACUGAAGAGCAGACGGUUUCUCAGAUGCGGAAAGAGCAGUAUAAGCAGGAGCUUCUGAAACAAAUUGCAGAACAGCAGAGAAACAAGAUAAGGGAGAAGAAACUUGAGCUGAGGGUAGCAGCCACUGGAGCCAAAGACCCUGAGAAAAAGUCUGACCGAAUUAAGGAGUUUGGAGCUCUAAAUCGGCAAUAUGAUAGCUGGAGACGAGAUGUUCCCUACAAGCUUGGAAUAGAUCUGGAGGCCGUAGGGAAGGACCCAAAUCCAAGGCCUAAAGAUAACAAACCCACUGAAAACACAGAACAAACAACCCCCCCAGGGAAUUCCCAGGUGGACUACAGUGCAGCUCUCAGUCAGCUGGCAGGAAACAAAGUGCCUGGGUCUGGGACAGGAGCAGCACAAGUUGUCCCCUCACUUGACUAUUUCAAUGAGGACUACCACAGGGACUUCUCAAAAAUGCUAGGAGAGGUGACCGUGUCAAGGGUUGCUGGUGUUCCUCUUCCGAUACCUCCCACUGUAACUAAUAAUUACAAGACUCCAUAUGAUGCAGCCUAUUACUACUAUGGAGCAAGAAAUCUAUUGGAUCCUAAUCUUCCUCCCUAUCAAAAUGGUCUGCCUGGAUGGGUGCAGCAAUCUGUGAAUCUCAAGAAUCCUUCCCAGAAUCCGCCUCCUCUCAGGCCCAGUCGGCGCACUGAGUCACAUAGAGCAUCUCCCCUGGAUGUUGGAGAGCUUUCUGUAGACAAGUUCAAGCAUAGGAGAGAGAGCGCACUGAGCUACCAGGAAGCACUCAGGCAGCAGAUCAAAGAAAGAGAGGAAUGUAAAAGAAGAGAAAAAGAAGAGAGGGAGCAAUAUGAUGCCAAGAUAGAGGCCGAGAUGAUGGCGUACAACCCCUGGGGGCGAAGUGGGGCAGGUGCGCCGAUUAAAGACCGAAAAGGCAACCUUUUUAGUAACCUGAAUGAAAUGCACAGGAUCAAUAAGGAGUCAUAUAGGAAUCCUGUAUACAAAAAUAGUCGACAGACACAAAAGUUUUUGAUGAGGAAUGGACACACUCCUGGACUUGAAUCCAGGGCUCCCCUCUCCCAUCGACUAUCAGGUUUCAGUGAUCAGCCAACUCCACAGAAGCUCCACAUGCAGGACAGAUACAAAGAAGCCCUGAAACAACAGAUAGAGGAAAACAAAAGAAAGCAGGCAGAAGACAUAGAACGAAUGAGGAUUGAGGAAGAGAAAGAAGAGAGGAGGCUGGCAGAGCAAAGGGCCCGCAUACAGCGAGAAUAUGAGGAAGAGCAAAGAAAGCAAAAGAAGAUUAAGCAUAGGCUGGAGAGCCAAAGUUGGAUCACUGACCCUAAAACACAGCGCCAGGAGGAGGAAGAGAAGGUGAGGCAGGAACAAGAGACUAAGAAGAAGGUACCUGAGAUCACAAGUGACAGAGAAGAGAAAAAGGCGCAGUUGACUUAUGAGAGAGAGCCAUCUCCUCCCAUCCCAGCCUUGCAGAAGAAGCAGACAAACUUUGUGGCAUCCAGACCUUCCUCUGUUGUGCGCCAACUCUCCUCCAGGACUCAGGAGCGCUCUGUGUCAGCACCAUGUUACCGACCAGUCCCUGUGAAAAAACCCCAGCUAGAAGGCAAGAUUGUCUUUUUCUCUUUAGAUGGUCAACGGGAAGUGAUCAGAGAGCUGUCAGCCCUCCGUAGGUACCUGAGGAAAGAGCAGAGAGAACUGGAGGAUCAGCUGGGCCAAACAGAUCCACAGGAGAGUAACUACACUCCCCCCAACAGGCCCAGAAGACGUGCCAGAGCGGAUGCCUUUGAAUCAGUGCCCAAGCAAGAUGACCAGCCAUCAACUGCGAGAACUUACUCUGACGCUGCACGUGUUAACAUGCAAAACAUCAGGGGGUUCAACCAGCUUAAAUACAUGGACACAGCAUCUCGUGAGGAGGUCCUUCACAUGUACCCUGACCCUCCCACUAACGCACAAUGUCUGGGCAUCCAGCAGCAGGCACUUCUGCGUGAACAACGCAAAAUCAGGCUUAUGAAGAGAGAAGAAGAGCACGACUUUUUAGACCAGCAACUGAGCCGUUAUUAUCCUGGGAACAAACCUGGGCGUUUCAUCCACAGAGACUCCAUGUUGCCAUCUCAGACUGCUUUUAUUGAUGUUUACAGUGGUGAUGCGUUUGAAGAGCGGGUUCAUCAGCAGAGAUCCCCUGAGGCCUCAGCAGAGGACCGGGAGAGGACAGCCCCACGGAGGAGACAUGACUAUGAUAUUUCCGUGAAUCAGACGGAGCAUGACAUCCAGCCAGACGCUCAUUCUCUGCAGUCAUCAACUAGUCUGAACGGUGAGGCUAUGGUUGGAACCCACAAUCAGGGCUGCAUCAGGAGACAAGACUCACACACUGAUGAACACAACAGCAAAUCAGAGAGGCUGUCUGGUGAUGAAGUGGAUGUCUUGUUUCUGUGUUCUGCCUUGGAGAGGCGCGUCCCUGCGGAAAGUGUUGCCACAGGGCCCUGGCCGCAGCCUGGUACCUCAGCUGCUGUAAAACACUCAGCCUUUAGAGAGAGGCCAAACAGCAGGAUUGAUGCUCCACCCAGGCUGACACACCGCGUCACAUAG